CUUACAUUUAAGCAUUGUUUAUCUGCCUUUUUACUCUGCAAUUGACCUUCUCCUUCCCUCUGUCGGGUUAAUUCAUCUUAGAGCGCCUGCGAACUUGACUUGAAGUCUAUUCUUCUCAACGCAAUUCGGCCCUCCAUCAUAGGCCAUCUUCGUUUACCGAUGACCAACUCAUCAACGGCCAGCGAUCCCGUGAUCGCCCGUACAAAACCUUCUGUCGAGACAGCAAAGCAAUCUUCCCCGGGUUUUGAUACUACCUCGUCAACCACCCGUGAGCCGGAGACUGUCAGCACGAGUGGCUCCAACAAGAUCUUCCGAACCCGGGGCAUUUUCAAAAGAGUACUCCUAUUCACAACCGCGGUCGCCGUCGCAUGGGUGGCUUGGGCAGCCUCCCAUCGGGGUGAUUGCUCUCUCGUCUCGGGCGAAAUCGAUGGCUGGCGGUAUGAGUACCAUGCUCCGGGCGGCAAUUGUGAUACUUCCGCCUCCCGGCAUAUCAUCGAGUCAGCAAUUCGCCAUUAUGUUUCGAAAGAUGAAAAUAGCAACAGAGCAUGUGACACGCAGUGUUUGUUGAUGGACCAGGGGCAAUCUCUUGAAGGUCACGUGAAAAUAGGAAAGGCGGAGGUCUUCAAUGCCUCCGCCUAUUGUGGGCCGACAUGGGAUUUGGAAGGUUGCGGUUUGAAGGGAGUAAACAGCUUUUGAGGGAGGGCGGCCGGGGCUUCAGAUAACGUGUAGGAGAACUACGGUGUGCGAAGAAAGGCUUCAGGAGGAUUGCUUUCCGGUUUGUUGUGCUGCACGAAUAGAAGGCUCGGGUGGGGUGAGCAAUGGGACUAGGUGUAGGGAGCCUUCCUUUUGAGUUGGUACAUUGGCAUUUGCUCGG